CUUUACGCGACGAAGCUCAAUACAUCCGCUCUCGGUGCGAGCCAUUUCCUCACAUACAGCCGCUGCAAUUCCAUAUCGUGCGGACCGCCAUCGCUGCUUUCAACCCCUGCCAUGGCCUCAAUCAACUCGCCGUUGAAUACGGCACAUCAACACGCUGCAAAUGCGGACGACUAUGUCGCACAAGGCCUCCUUAUCCCCGCGGCAGAGGAGCAUUACAAGGCUGCGGAGGCAUACCAAGCGUGUGUGGAGGCCGCGACAGAUGAGAACACCAAGCGAACGCUGAGGAUGCUCUGCAACGACCAUUCAAAAGCCGGCAAGGAGCUCCAGAGGCGAAUAGCGAAGCUGCGCGAGGAGAACAAGGAUCCCAGUCUACCUCAGAAACCUACCGGCGGCGCACCCUCUUCAUCGAAUGCUGCGCGUCCGGUGACGUUGCCCACUGCACCAUCGCCUCCGCCACAAGCGCAGACUCGGAUGUCUGAUUCGCAGCAGGCUGUGGACGAGUCUUUUAUGCUCCUUGGUCAACGGAGCGACUCCGGCGACCCUUUCAAUCAAUUCUGGAAAAUCACAGAGGGCAUGCUAGACUACUUGUCGCAGCCCGUAGCCUUCGCCACUGCGCCACUUGCGCCUCCGUCACCAGCAGAGGGCUCGCGUCGGCGUGAUGCGAGCUCCAGUAGUGACACGGACCUCGAGGAUGCUAUCUCCAAACGGAUUUCGCGCGGAAUUGGCUUAGUGAAGGCCGCGCGAUCUAGGAUGCUUACUCGCUACGAUUCUUCAGCAACUACGUCGGACUCCGAGAGCGGUCGGGCAGGCCCGAGUACGUUUCCUCCAAGACCGGUACAGCCAUUGCCGGAUGAGUGGGAUGACGAGUUUCAUGCGGAUGAUGACGACGAUAUGGCCGAUUCGUUCUGUCUUAUCCCGUCAAAGGCAGAGACGCCUGCGAACACCCUCAAAAGAGAGAAUGAGACACUCCGUGCAGACACCGAAGAGUUGCGAAAGAGAUUGGCCUCCGCGGAGGGUAUGCUGAAGAUGCGGCAAGAACAAGAUCAACAACUACGCGAUAGUAUUCUCCUCGCCAGAAAGGAGGCACAUCGUGCUAUGAUAUCUUCCGCUAUUGCUCCCAACCCAAGGCCGAGUCAACCAGGCAUCGACCUCGCCUCACUGAACAUCAACGUGCCGGCCGUGCCUCCGCCCGUCGCAGCCCUCAAUCCAGGCAACCCUGGGCGUGAUCGAGAGGCACAGUUGGUGCGAAGAGUGAGGGAACUCGAGGAAGAGGUUCGUACGUUGAAGGCUGAGAACGAGAAGCAGAAAGCAAUGAUCGUGCGCUUCCGCGAGCGAUGGGAGAAGCUCAAGGAGUCGGCGAAGCGAAAGAAGGAAGCGAAAGCCGUUGCGGAGGCGACAAAUAUAGUCAAUGAGCGUAUAGAGGAAGACCCGGAAGCUGAGGCGGAGGCAGAGAGGGAUAGCUCUUGAGGCUGCGAGUGACUCACUUCACCUCGCGGUUAACGUCAUUCAUCGUAUGUAUCUUGCUUUUCGAUUGUGAGUCGUACUACAUCUGUGCCGCUCCGGGUUGAUCUAUGCCUGUCAGCGGUUCAUUUGGCUUGAGAGUUCAAUGCAACGAGAUAGUUCUGAUAA